GUCAUUGUCAGAAUUCAACAAUGCUCACGGAGUGAAAUGUGUUUUCAAUAACCAUGUAUAAAAUUUAUUAUAUUUUAAGACCUGAAUUAAUUAGAUGACUAAAAAAUAGCUGUAAACCUAGUAAGUUACAUAAAUUCAUGGCGACAGUGUGACCUUGAACAAGCUCGCGUUAGCCGGUGCGAUUGAUUCAACCCGCACACCGGAGCCCCCUGCCGAUGCGCUCUCCGCUCAGGAUUCAUGUUAUUUUUCCAGCGUCACUCCGCUGCUAACAGCCGACUGCAUAGGUCGCUCACUUGUCGCGUUGAUCAUAAUAUUUACGUCUGUGAGGAACCGUAAGCAACAUGGUUGAAAUGUGGAAAGUCAUCAUGAAACCAGGGCUCUCUAUGCAAUUGGUGAAUUUGGCUAUUAUAGGAGUGUGCCUGGUUUCAAAGGUCCCUCAGAUCUCCAACUUGCAAAACCGACGGCCAAGUGAGAUUAAAGCAGUGAGUGCCCAUGGUAUCAUCAUGGAAAUUGUUGGAUAUACUAUAAUGUCUAUGUACAACUACAAAAAUGACUACAACGUUUUGACUUACCUGGAGUACCCAGCUAUUUUAGUCCAGGCCUACUUCAUGUUAUUCUAUGUGUUGAGGGCCAAAAAUCAACACAACAGCAUGAUUAUACCACCUGUGACUGUGCUAUAUGCUGUUUCCAUUAUUCUCUUUAUGACUGAAGUCAUCCCGAAGGAAGUUCUCAACUUCAUUGUGCCGAUAUGUACACCUCUGAGUGGAUUCGCUAAAGUUUGCUAUAUUAUUAGCAUUGUUCAGACCAAAAAUGCUGAAGCUGUGUCUUGGGAAACUUGGGCUAUGUCGGUGUUAACUAAUGGAGCCCGCUUGUUCUGCGUUUACGUGGAUUCUGGUGACAUGAAUCUGCUGUUGAACUAUUUUGUCUCCGUCAUACUGAGCGCUGGGGUCCUUGCAACCGCCAUAUACUUUCAACUGAAUCCAGCUCCUCGCCCUGUGAUUUGCACCCGCCGCCGUGAGCCAUCUGUCCGCCGCCAUUAUCACAUGGAAUAAAUUAAAUAUUCGAUGAUCGGAAAAUAUGUAACUGACCCUAGCGUGACAACAAAAAAAAAA